GGCGUGCGGAGGCGGAGGCAGGGGUUGCUGGGCUUUGCCUGCCCGUACAGCUUCCCCCCGCCCUUCUCCAUGCUGUUUUUAAUUUGAUAGGGAGCCUUCAUCCCCCUGGGACGCGGCUCCCUGCGGCUGGAGCAGGGUUGGUCACCCAGCGAGGAGCCGGGCCUGGCUCUCGGUGUCACCGGGAUCACAGCGGGAACUCGGGGAUGGAAGAUGUGGGAGGAACUGGGUGUCACGGGGAUGUUGAGUCAUAUAGGGUGGGCUUUCUCCACGGGGAAUGAAGCUGCCAGGCAGUCAUCUCCCGCAGCAAGCUGUGACAUGGAUGAUGUCCCCAGCCUGGGAAGCACCUCAGAAUGGGGACAGCAACUGGUGUGGGUCCCCAGCACCUGUAGCCAUCUCCCCUCACCGCUGCGCCCCAACCACUCACUCUGUCCCUUGCACCACCCCAGCACGACACCCAGGGCCGCCAGCCCUGAGAGCCCUUUUCCCAGGGAAUUCAUCCCAAAGUUUGUGAGCCUUGAGCUUGGCAGGAGCAGCUUCUGCAACCAGUGCCAUGAAGGGAGCUGGCAGGUAGACAGACAGGGGGAUUACUCCAGUGUUUAUCACAUUAGGGGGAUACAUAAAUGCCAUGGAGAUCAGGGCCCUGAGUGUUCAGUCUGACACGUAGUGAAGGACAAGGCCUGUCCUAAAGAGCUUAAGCCUAAAUCUGAAGCGAGAGCUCCAGGCAGGCUUGGGCAGCAACAGGGAGAGGCAGCUUUCCUACUCAGUUUCUCAGGGCACACCAUGGAGAUGCAGGAGGCAAUUCCUCAGCCAGGUCAGGCCCCUUCUGCCUCAGCUGCAUUUCACUGUCUGGCCCAGCAAAUCCUGGCCACUGGCAGGAAGGUGUUAAUUUGGGAGAGGCUCCUGACCCCGGGGUGGGCUCCUGAUUAUGGGGUGCCUCACAGGCCUGGGGUCACUCCUGACCCUGGGGUGGUUUCUGGACCUGGCGUCACUCCUGACCUUGGGGUGGCUCCUUGAGGAGAAGGUGCCUCCCCCCAUCCCCCUCAGGCUCUGGUGCUCUCUCUGAAGAAGCCUCUCAUGGCACCAUGACUUCCCUUCCCUCUUCCCUUCCCUCUUCCCUUCCCAGCCCAGUGCCUGUGUCCCACCGUGGGUGUGGGGUGGGAAAUCCCUGCAGGCUUCUGUCACCUGUAAAAGCUGGUUUGGAUCCACUGGGCACUAAGAGCUGCCCUGAAAUCACCUUUGGAGAUUUCAGUCUGUGCCCACAGGGCUGGGACUAACAGGGAAUGCCUGGGGACAUCUGAAAGUGGGAGCUGGAUUUGCUUCCCCAAGGGCCCUUGGAGGCUCUGACAGGGGAUCCCAGGAGUUACAAACCUGGUGGAGAAAAGCUGAUGUGCCUGUGUGAAGAAUGCAAACAUCCCAGUGGCAUUUGCAUGUGAAGAGGGCUGCUGGGUGUCCUGACAUAACCAGCUGCUCCCAGCAUCUCCUGGCUUUCCCUCCAAAGCCUCCAAGCUUGUCCACUCUCAGCAAAAGGUGGAUGAGGAGUGCUGCAGGCCCAGGACUGUGCAGCUCCUUCCUCGUGCAUGCUGGCAGCUCCUUUAGGGUUGGACAUUCCUUCCUUCCCUUCCUUCCUUUCCUUCCUUCCCCUCCUUCCCUUCCUUCCCCUGGUACUGGCACUGUCUCUCCUUGCUUGGCUGCUGCCUGGCUCACCACGAGAGCCUCCCCGAUCCUCCUCAGCUGCCCCAGGAGCUCGGCGCUCCUGGGUUUGCAUAACCAGCAAAGCUUAUCCCAAAUCCUGCUAAGCCAACUCGGGUGGUGGCAGGGAGACAGCGGAUGACAGGGAGCCUCAAGGGAACAAAGCCCACAUCCUCUCUGAGUUCUCCACGGGCCACAUGCCAGCUUUGGGGUGGGGGCAUAGGUGUGCAUGCACUGCCCUGCAGUAGAAAGAGAGACAGCCAAGCUCCUACAGCCCCCCAUUCCCACACAGGGUGACUUUUGCACCCCCAGACCCGGUGCUGAAUUGCUCCUCUCCACACACAUCUGCUCACAUCUGUCCCAGCCAAGCAGCAGGGUGUUGGUCGUGUGUGGGCAGGCAGGUGUGUGUGUGUGUCUCCUCAGCACCUGCCUCUCUGCCCUCUGUCAGACCCCAGCUUUGAUCCUGGGUUUGCUGUCUAACUGCCUGUGUCCUGCCUCUCCCCACUCCUCCCUGUCCCGCUCUGUCCCCUGCAUUUCAACCCUGCAGGUUUUACUGGGACCUCAUCAUGCUGCUCCUGAUGGUGGGGAAUUUGAUCAUCCUGCCCGUGGGCAUCACUUUCUUCAAGGAUGAGAACACCCCUCCCUGGAUCGUUUUCAACGUGCUUUCAGACACUUUCUUCUUGGCUGACCUGGUGCUGAACUUCCGGACAGGCAUCGUGGUGGAGGACAACACGGAGAUCAUCCUUGACCCUCACACCAUCAAAAUGAAAUACUUGAAGAGCUGGUUCCUGGUCGACUUCGUUUCCUCCAUCCCUGUUGACUACAUUUUCCUCAUUGUUGACCUGGAGACCCAGGUGGAUUCUGAUGUCUACAAGACAGCCCGGGCCUUGCGCAUCGUGCGCUUCACCAAGAUCCUCAGCCUGCUGCGCCUGCUGCGUCUCUCGCGCCUCAUCCGCUACAUCCACCAGUGGGAGGAGAUCUUCCACAUGACGUAUGACCUGGCCAGUGCCGUGGUGAGGAUCUUCAACCUCAUCGGGAUGAUGCUGCUGCUGUGCCACUGGGACGGCUGCCUCCAGUUCCUGGUGCCCAUGCUGCAGGACUUCCCUGAGGACUGCUGGGUCUCCAAGAACCACAUGGUGAACGAUUCGUGGGGGAAGCAGUACUCGCACGCCCUGUUCAAGGCCAUGAGCCACAUGCUCUGCAUUGGCUACGGGCAGCAGGCCCCCGAGGGCAUGACCGACGUGUGGCUCACCAUGCUCAGCAUGAUCGUGGGGGCCACCUGCUACGCCAUGUUCAUCGGCCACGCCACCGCCCUCAUCCAGUCCCUGGACUCGUCCCGGCGCCAGUACCAGGAGAAGUACAAACAAGUGGAGCAGUACAUGUCGUUCCACAAGCUGCCUGGGGACACGCGCCAGCGGAUCCACGAGUACUACGAGCACCGCUACCAGGGCAAGAUGUUUGACGAGGAGAACAUCCUGGGGGAGCUCAGCGAGCCGCUCAAAGAGGAAAUCAUCAACUUCAACUGCCGCAACCUGGUGGCCAACAUGCCCCUGUUUGCCAACGCGGACCCCAACUUUGUGACGGCCAUGCUGACCAAGCUGCGCUUCGAGGUCUUCCAGCCUGGGGACUUCAUCAUCCGCGAGGGCACCGUGGGCAAAAAGAUGUACUUCAUCCAGCACGGGGUGGUCAGCAUCCUCACCAAGGGCAACAAGGAGACAAAGCUGUCUGAUGGCUCCUACUUUGGAGAGAUCUGCCUGCUGACACGGGGCAGGCGCACGGCCAGCGUGAGAGCCGACACCUACUGCCGCCUGUACUCCCUGUCGGUGGAUAACUUCAACGAGGUGCUGGAGGAGUACCCCAUGAUGCGCAGGGCCUUCGAGACGGUGGCCAUGGACCGGCUGGACCGCAUAGGGAAGAAGAACUCCAUCUUGCUCCGCAAGCGAGCCGAGCACAGCUCGGGUCCCCUGAACAACGAGAUGAUCCAGCAGAUCGUAAAGCACGACCAGGACAUGGCCCACAACAUCCAGGACCUGCAGCAGAUGGCGAUGGGCCGGGAGCUGAGCGGGAAGCCGGUGAUCUGGGAGCCGCUGGUGCACGCUCCCCUGCAGACGGCCGCCGCCACCACCAACGUGGCCAUCGCGCUGACCCACCAGCACAGCCUGCAG